CGUUUAUCGCCUCGUAAACUUGACACAAACUAAAACUUGGGUAAAGAAAACUAAUUAGGAAAAUAAAUAAGAUCUUCAUUUCGAGCUGGAAGAUUAAAAAGAACUACAUUUUAUAUUUUAAAGAAAAGAGAUAAAAACCAGUUGCGGCUCAAUGAACCCGGGGGUAUUUUAUCGAAGCGUGUAACAACUGGUUUCCGUGGUCUGUUCUUGGUCAGUGUCAAGCCGGGUCAAAUGGCGAAUUCAGUCUGAAUCGAAGCUCUCGCCGGAGCAGAUCUCAAUCAAAACGAUGUUCCCGAAAAUUACGCUAAUAUGGCUGCUUAUGAAUUAUAUAAUUUCUCCGGCGUUGGGACGCGAGUUCUUCUCCUCUGUACACGAGAUGACGAAAGUUUUCGGCUACGAACAGCGAAUGCUGGGAUAUAUGCAGAAAUUCCUCGACGACAACCAAAGCAAAUUGGAUUUCCUGAAAGCGCGGCUGCGGGAGUUCGAGGUCGAGAGGGAGGAGGCCCGGGAAUGGGGUGCGGCGUACUUCGACAGUCCCUUAAAUAAAUAUUUGCUCAACAAGCGCCUAACGGUGGACUGGCAGCUGGUGGAGAACCUCAUGGAGACGCACUCGGGCAAGAAACCGCUUGCACGCCUGCAAAAAGUAAUGGGACACAAACUGAUGCCAAAGAAAACUGAACUGGAAGGUGCCAUCGAUGGCUUACUCCGACUGCAGACUGUCUAUAGACUGGAAGCAAAAGAUAUAGCAAGGGGAAUGCUGGAUGGCACGGAUUACAGCACACAACUGAACUCGGAGCACUGUUUGGAUAUUGCUCGGUUGGCUUUGAGGGAUAAGCACCCUCGUCUGGCCCACUUCUGGUCACUGGAGGCUCUGCAGCGAUUGGCCAGCGGAAAACAAUCGGAGGAACUGAAGCCCCAAAUAUUGGCUCUUCUGGUGGAGGCCAAGGCGGCUUUGGGCGACUAUCGCGGCUUGAAUGAAACCUAUCAGGAACUUCUGAAGAUUCAACCAGCCAGUGAAGAACAUGCGAGGAACUACGACAGUUUCCUGGAAGCACUUGGAGGAGAAAUUUCUUUAAACGAGACCAAAGCUGUAGAAGAGCAUCCUCCCAUCCCCAAAGAGGGAGACACCAUUUCGGAUUUUCACGGAUAUAUGCUGACCUGCAGCGGCCACUUUCGACCAACUCCCCGGGAACAGAGAGAUCUCCGCUGCGGCUAUAUGGAUGAAACACAUCCUUUCCUUUGGAUAGCCCCCCUCAAGGCGGAGGAACUGAGCAGGGAUCCGCUGUUAAUACUCUACCACGAUGUGAUCUACCAAAGCGAAAUAGACACCAUACGGAAACUAACCACAAACAAAUUAAAAAGAGCCACAAUCACAAGCACGAACGAAUCCGUAGUUUCCAAUGUCCGCACCAGCCAGUUUACGUUUCUACCCGUUACGGAGGACAAGGUUCUGGCCACCAUUGACCGAAGAGUGGCUGACAUGACCAACUUCAAUAUGCGCUAUGCGGAGGACCACCAGUUUGCUAAUUACGGAAUCGGAGGACACUAUGGCCAGCACAUGGAUUGGUUCUAUCAACCCAGUUUUGAUGCUGGUCUAGUAAGCAGUCCUGAAAUGGGUAAUCGAAUCGCCACAGUUUUAUUUUAUCUUUCGGAUGUGACUCAAGGCGGAGGCACGGCCUUUCCUCAUCUACGGGUGCUAUUGAAACCUAAAAAAUAUGCAGCCGCCUUCUGGUACAAUCUACAUGCCUCGGGUGUGGGCGAUCCUCGAACCCAGCACGGAGCGUGUCCUAUCAUUUCGGGAUCAAAAUGGGUUCAAAACCGAUGGAUUCGAGAGUUUAUUCAAUCAGAUCGCAGGCCCUGUCUAACGUGGGACGACUCAUUGGCUACUUUGGCUGAAAUCAGGGAGCUGGAAAAGAAAUUAAAUGCCAAGGAAGCCGCUAGUCAGAUAGCCUAAAUUUGGUAUUACACAAUGUUUAUGUAAGCCAGGUUUUAGUAAAUAAAGCACAAAAUACU